UUAGCAAACAAAUUUAUGCACAAAUCUUGUCUUAAACAGGGGUUGAUCACGCUCAAAUGACUUACGAUGGACAACACUGGCAUGCUACAGGAACUUGCUUUUCUUGUACUCAUUGCAAAGUUCUACUACUUGGUGGCCCUUUUCUCACCAAGCAAGGACAAAUUUUUUGUUCUAAAUUGUGCAGUCUGGGAGAGGAUGUUCAUAUCAGAAGGAACAUUCGUAUGGGAAAAAGCAGCCGAUCAGCAGAUCGGUGCAGGCUAUCUCUCCUGUUGCCUCCAGCAAUGAAUGACAAAUUCCUUGGUCUUUCAAGCAGAAGGGAUGAUACUCUUUCAUGGAAACUGGAUGACUCAAGUCUUUCAAGGCAAGAAAUAAACUCUGUUGACAAAGAACUGUGGAAAAUAAGGGGAGAUGAAAUGUCUGAUGAUCAAGAAGAAUGCGCUGAGCAUGAAGAUUAUAUGACUCAGCUGCUCCUCAAAUUUGCUGAUAAAAAUCUAUUUCGGCAGCCAAUUUUAGAUCAGAUCAGUGGAUUUGUGAAAAUGUGGCUUAAAGGGAGAUCAGAAUUAAAGAAAAAUAAUCAAAGCUUAGCAAAUAAGAAAUACCAGGCAAAUAUGUAUUCGGCAUAAUCCCAAGAUGGCCUGGGUGAUUCUGCAUAUGGUAGCCACCCAGGACCUGCUAGAAGGAAAAUCCAAGAAUUAGACAUGGAACAUGGCACAAGAUACAAACAUGACCAAAAAUAUGAUUCAUUGAAUUGUUUGUCAAACCUGGAACGGGAGCAGUGUGUUUGAGACUCAGUGGAUUUCCUUGCUUUAUCUAACAUUACAGGUGCUUCAAUGGAUGAAAUCAAACCAAGAUCGUCUCUGUACUCCUUUGAAACCUAUCAGGAUCUAGAGGCGUAGAAUUGUGGGAAAAUGAGCAACGUGGGAACUUUGGAUUCAUCAAUGCUUCAUAGAAGCACUGAGUCUUUGAAGAGUGUAAAUUCUGAAUUAUGUCAGGCUGAGACCCCAGAAGAAAAGUCAAUGCAUGUACCAGUACUGAGAAAAUCCAAAUCACAGACUAGGCCUCAACCAGUAAAAUUUUCAGAUGAUGUCAUUGAUAAUGGAAAUUAUGACAAUCUUGAUAUUCAACAACCUCCUAUGAGUGAAAGGACUUGCAGACGUGUUUAUCAGUUUGAAGACCAUGGAAAGAGACAUAAUCGAAGCAGCAGAAAGUCUCAAUCUGACAAUGCACUUCAUCUGGUUGCAGAAAGAAAACCUUUUCCAAAAGAAAGGCUUAAGUUUUAUUCACCUCAGGGUUAUGAUGCAUUUAUUCAGAAUAAAAAUACUCAGGCAGUUCAGGCAUAUACUCCCACUUUUUUCAGCCAAAAUAAUCAUAUUGCGCCUGACUAUGCAAUGGGGAAACCAAGAGAUCAUUUUUUUGGAUUUUGGGGUGAGGAUGAAGAAGCUUGGUGCUCAUCUUCAUCAUCUUCAGAUUCUGAAGAGGAAGGAUAUUUCUUAGGACAACCCAUUCCACAGCCAAGAUCUGUGAGAUAUCCCUGCCAUGUAGACUUUGUUUCUAGUUCAAGUGCUGAACUUCCUACUAUCCAAUUUAGGCAGAUAACAAAAUCUGAAAAAAAAAAAAGGAAAACUCACAAAGGCAAAACCUGUAUAAUUUCCUAAAAUGUACUGCCUAUAAACUUCGUGCCUACACUGUGUUUCAAAUCUUGUGUAUCUAAAUAACGUCAGCAAAGUCUGUAACAUGGGAAAAAAUUGUCUAUGUUCUUUGUCAAGGCUUUGAAAGCAGUUUAAGGCACCACAUCAAAAAAUAAAAAAAAAUAAGCCUUUGAUACGGAUUAGCUUGUUUAGAACUAUUCUAGCUUGCAUACAACUUGAGAUUCAAGAAAAAUAAACAAACAUUAGAAAUUGUCCCUCUGAUUAUAUGAAUGCCAGGCUUGGGACAGUCUUCCUUGUUUAUGGAUAUAGUAUGAAAUCAGAGAGGAGUCUGGAUUUUAUUGGAUUCUUGUUCUCAACAGCUCUGCAAACAUGGUCAUAGGGAUGAUGGAAACCUUCCACACAGUGCUUCACAUAGAGAUGGGUAGUAUGAAGAAUUAGCAUUUUAUAUAGAUACUGGCCUAAUUUCAGAAGUUUCUGUUUCGAAGGGAGAAAUGCAAUAUUUUAUAAAAGGAACACAUUUUCCAAAGGAUCAAUUCAAACUUCUGACAAAAACAAGCUGUCCAAUCUCAUGUCUCUUCAAAAAGAAGAAAAAAUGGUGGUCCUAUUCAUGGCACGAAGCUUCAGAGAGACUAUUACUCCCUGUGGAAAUAUGACCACAGAGGGUAACUAUUGCCCAUUUAACACGUGCAAAUAAUUUGAUUUUUGCAUUUUCUUAUAUGUUUAAUAUAACCUAGCCAUUUUGAUGCCAAGCAACAAUUAUCUGGUUCUAUGCUGGACAAUGAACUGCUUCUUACCAAAUUGACUAUUAUUUUAUCUUCAUGGGAGUGAAUCUCAGGCAAAUUUUGCUUAAUAUAAUCUUAAUAUACAGUUUGUAAAAACUAAAGUGAUGUGAGCUAAUAAUCCCUGCUUUCAAAAUAAGAUGUCACUGAAUUUGCUUAAAUUAAAAACUUAGGAACAUAUGUAAGGAUCUUCUAUAUUGGAACACUAUCUAAAGUUUCAAAUGUAAUAUGAACAGCAAUUAAGAGUUAACAGAUUUAUAAAGUAGUAUUUUACA